AUACUUCUUCUCCUCCUACCACCACCAGCAUGCACAAAGUAGCGAAUGCUCUGAAACAGCACCUCCGACCACAGGGGGAGACACGGCCAGAAACAUCUCCAGCAGCACAGGCUAGGCUGCCAACCACGUCGUUUACCGACGUCGAUCUGUACCGCUACCGAAAGCAACGCGGAGUUAAUCUCGGCUCUUGGUUCGUUCUCGAGCGAUGGAUCGCAGAUGCGCCCUUCUGCUCCGCCGAUGGCCCCGCGCAAAGCGAUCUCGACGUUGCGCGCGGCUCCCACGCCAAAGAGGUGCUCGAGCGGCAUUGGGACACUUGGGUGUCCGAAGAGGACUGGGCGUGGAUUGCCGACAGAGGCAUAAACACUGUCCGCCUGCCGAUUGGUUUCUAUCACCUAUGCGGUGUCGAUCAAACAGUCUUGCAGGGCACCGACUUCGCCCAGCUCGGUCAUGUCUUUGACAGGGCUUGGGUCAGAAUCACAAAAGCCAUCGCUACCGCGCAUCGCUAUGGCCUAGGUGUUCUCAUCGACCUGCACGCUGCUCCGGGCAAACAAAAUGCCGACUCACAUUCUGGGUCGUCUUCGGAGCCAACAUUCUUCACGAGUCCUCAUAACAUGCCUCACACGAUCCACGUCCUCUCCGUCCUGCUUUCCCAGCUCACAGCCUUUACUCGCUCGCACAACCCGCCGCUGCCCAACGUUGUCGGCAUCGAGCUUCUCAACGAGCCGCAGCCCGGGCCGCACAACGCUUCCCUCGAGAGAUGGUACCUCGACGCCUUCCGCACGCUCCGCAACAUCGAUCCAAGUAUACCACUGUACAUCGGCGACGUCUGGAUGACGGAUCAGUGCGCGGACUUUCUCAGCAAUUCCGGAGUGCCGUUCGCCGUCCUGGACCACCACCUGUAUCGCUGCUUCACUCAGCAGGACAUCUCUACGCCCGUGUCGCAGCACGCGAGGUCCCUCUCCGACCAGAACGAAUGGGCACCCCAGAUGUUCGCGCGUGUCGCGCAGAAGCUCGAAGGCGCAGGCUGUGGUAUGAUAGUCGGCGAAUGGUCGUGCGGUCUCAACCCGGGCUCCCUGCAAGGUGUAGGCGACGAAGAUAGGGCCAGACGUGAAUACGUGGAUGCUCAGCUGCAACUCUACGAUCGCCAUUGCGCCGGGUGGUUCUUCUGGACUUACAAGAAACAGCACGGAGACAAGGGCUGGUCGCUCAGAGACGCCGUUGCCGCGAACGUAUUCCCGAGUUCCGUGGGGCUGAGAGCGAACAGGCCGGUUGUAGAUGAUCCCGAGCGCACCGCACGGAGAGAUCAGGCAAGAGACGUGGCUUUAGGUUCGCACAGCUCUUGGUGGUCUCAGCACCCAGGGAACUACGAGCAUUGGCGGUUCGGCGACGGGUUCACAGAGGGAUGGGAAGAUGCGUGGCUGUUCUUCUUCAUCUCUUCCCAUGCACAGCGUACCGGCUUCAUCUCCGAGCUUGGCUUCAAGGGUCCGUGGGGGAAGAGGAGGAGUCAGGAGCACAUCAAUAAGAAGGGUAACAGUAACAUCUGGGAGUACGAGCAUGGGUUCUCUCAGGGAGUAGCGCGGCCCGCGGAGACUUCGAGAAGAUGUGCUGCUAGCUUGUAUCCAGCACAGUGACAGCACUGGAGGUCAAUAUAAAUGGGCCCUGUGAGUAUGCAUCGAUCGUAAAUAAAUACAUUCGUCUGUCCGUCUCAGUCUUUGUAAGUGGCGUUGUAGGACUCGUGUUGCAAGGGGACAUGGUCGAACUUCUCUGCGCCGACCGGCCUGUACGACCUCUGGGGGCUCCCUCGUGCCUUGCUUACGAGCAUUGCAGCAAUGAUGAUCAAGAGCAGCAGCGCUCC